UCUCGUACCACAAGAAAUAGGGAUCACCCAAUGAAAUUAAUAGGCAGCAGGUUUAAAUCAAACCAAAGGAAGUAUUUCUUCACACAACACACAGUCAACCUGUGGAACUCUUUGCCAGAGGAUGUUGUGAAGGCCAAGACUAUAACAGGGUUCAAAAAAGAACUAGAUAAGUUCCUGGAGGAUAGGUCCAUCCAUGGCUAUUAGCCAGGAUGAGCAGGGAUGGUGUCCCUGGCCUCUGUUUGCCAGAAGCUGGGGAUGGAUGACUUGGUGAUUCCCUGUUCUGUUCAUUCCCUCUGGGGCACCUGGCAUUGGUCACUGUCGGAAGACAGGACACUGGGCUGGAUGGACCUUCGCUCUGACCCAGUGUGGCUGUUCUUAUGAUUAGAUCCAGCAGGUUGUUCUGGGCUCUGGACUCCAUCUAGCUGCUAGUCCCCUUCGCUGGUUGCCAGUCCUGUUCCCAAAAUGCGCUGGGCGUCAGGGCUGGUGCUUAUUGCUGUAGACUCGGACGGGGGCUGCACAGAGACACUGACAGGAAGCUGGGUUUGUGUGCACAGAUUCUCUUGCUGCAGCUUUUCCUUCUGGUGCCUGUUUUUCCAGCCCCCUUGCACUUUCUCUCUGCCUGUGGCUCGCUAGUGUUUGCAUUCAGGCUGUUUGGUACAGGUCUCUGGCUCGCAGAGCAGGUCCUGGCAGAGGGCACGCUUGGCAUCUCAGUCCCUGCUCUGCAGAGCAUUUACCGGGGAUCUGACAAGCUGCUUCUGUCACAGCAGCAACAAGGCACCCGAGAUGCUUCGAGUAGCAGCAUUUCUCGCUUUGCCGCAGUCCAGUGCGGGGAUUCCAGAGGCUCUGUCGGCAUUGGAGCUCACCUGCCCCCUCUGCUCCUGCGCCUCCCCCCCCGUGCACCUGCUCCCUGGCUGUGCCUGGAGUUUCUCUGGUGCAGAUCCAGCCCUGAGAACUGGAGCCCAGGACGACGGAGCUGCAGAGAGACCCCAGAGGCUGUGUGCAGUGAAGGGGUGUGAGCCUGAGAGGAAGUAGUGCAGAAUGUGGGCUGGGCAGAUGGAGCCAGGUGGCUGCACAGAGGUGGCCAGGGCAGGAGCUCUUGCUUCCGAGGGCUGCCUGCCUUCUUUAGUGCUCCCUCUCUCUGCCCCCCUCCCUGCGGUAUCUGAGCAGCACCCUUGGGCCCCCCUGUGAGGCAGGGAGGCGUUAGCGCCAUGUGACUGAGGCCCAGAGGCAGGCAGAGUCCAGUUGAGCCAGAAGCUGCGUCAGGUCCCUCCAGUCCAAGCCCAGUUCUCCGUCCACUAGACCCUCCUUGAUUCGGAGCUAGCCACACAACGCGGGUCUCGGGCAGCACAUGCCAAUGCUGAGCCGAUGCUGCUCCUCGCCUUGGGCCAUGCCCUGCUGGGCCGGGCCAGACACAGCCCCUGAACAGUUCAUCAGCCUGGGAUGGGGGCAGGGGAGGGGCCAAGGCAUCAGCUGCUACAGGACAAUGGUUCCCAGCCUUUGUGGUUGGGAAUAACACCUCACCCAGUGCAGUCUGCCUGAGUCUGCAGACCGGCGUGCUGCUUUCAAAGCUCCAGCUCUCUGGGGCAGUUCUCUGGCCUGUUACCCAGGAGCUCCGCCUAGAUCCGUGUCCCUUUUGUCCCCAGAUGGCGGCAGCAGCAGCGAAUGGGCAAGGCUCCAGGUUAGCGAGGCACAUGUAGCAGACGGCGGUGCCUCCGUCUAGCCCACGCUUCAGGGCUGGGAGCUGAUCUGAGACCUCAAGGGGCAGAUGUUAGCAGCGAUGAUGAUGAUUAGCCAUUGGAGCUGCUCCCCUAAAGCCCCACAUGGAGUCUGUAAACCCAGACUGGAUCUUUCCAAGCGCUCUGUUUUAGCUCAGCCAGGGGUUAUGGGCUGGCUGCAGGAGUCACUGGGUGAGACUGACCCAGGAGGGCACUAGACCAUCAUGGUCCCUCCUGGCCUUGAAAUGGCUCCGCUGCAGCUUGGGGGGUCUCGGAGCAGGAGGCGCUGGAGCGAUCUGGGGGAUGGAGGGAAAUGAUCUGAACCCCCCGUGGGCUGGAGAAGGGCGCUGGUGCUGGAGGCUGUCCCCCCAGAAGGUGGUGGGGAGCCCUCUCCCUUCAGCAGUGAGGGGGCGCUGAGCAGCCUCUGACUCUGGCCCACUCGCCAGCCAGAGCAGGUUCCCUGAGGAAGCCCUGAGCAGUUUCCCAGGGCCUGCGGUGCGAAGGCCAGAGCAGCCCCCUUCACUGCGGCUGGAUCAGGACCACAGCUUGGACCCCACGUGGGGCUAGGUACAGGGAAUCUGAUCGUGUCAGCCUCUGCUCCAGCCAAUCUCUGGGCCGGGGUACAGCCUCUCCUUGCUGGCCGUGGGAGGAGCAGGCCUUGCUGCAGGGGAUGGCAGGGGGUGUGUGUGUGUGUGUGUGUGUGUGUGUGUGCGCGUGCGCCUAGCACAGACCCUGGGGAUGCCAAUAGGGGCUUGGUGCCCCUAAGACUCGCAGUGCCUCGCUGAGGUGACAGGAUUAGGAUUUCAGAUGCUGUAAAUAGGCUGCACUGCAGAAUUACAGGGAGUUUGAGCAGAGCUGCUUAGUGGCACUUCCUGCAAAGUAUGGCCGAGUAAUACUCCACCCCUUUUUGGCCCGGGAAUGGUGCUUUGCUUAAAAUCCCCACGGUGGUGACAGCCCCCUCCUCCUGUCCUGUGAUGGGAUUAAGCCACUUCUCUAACUGCAACAUCCCCCCCCCCUCCGGUUUGUAUCUAAGGCGUUCCCAGGCCCUGCGGUCACCCCACAGCCGCCUCCUUGUGCUGCUGGCUUUCUGUGCUCUGGUCUGGCCAAGCAGGGACUGACUGCUAGCUCCUUUCAUCUCUGUUUGGGUUCCUGCUUCGGGCGCUAGCCCACACCAGCAGCCUUGGGGCUGCAAAUCGAGCAAGGUGGCUUCAGCUGCAAGCAAGGGGCUUUUUCUUGGUGCUGAGCAAUUAAAGGAGAGGUUUCUCCCCGUCCCCUCGGCGUGCCGAGCCUGGGUGCCAGGCGCUGGUAUUCCUACCGGUCUCCGAUUGCUCAGGCUGUCAGACAGCUGGGAUUCCUUGGUUCCAAAUUUCUGUCAGUUGGUUAAAGUUGCGUUUCAAGGCAGGGCAGCAGUACAGAGGAGACGCCCUGUGUCCUGCCUGGCUCUUGAAGGCCGACAUGAUGGAGGGGUGGCUGGGCCAGGUUGGGUGUGACCUGGUGCAGGGGGCCACGAGCUAUAGAAUGUUAUGGUGUUAACAGCUGCUGUUUCCACAACCAAAUGACCGGCCGUGAUUUUCUUCCAGCCUUACUUGUCAGUAGCUUCCCGGGCGGAUUUGUGGCUGUGCAUGUCCCUGCGCUCACUGCAUUCCUCUCGCCGGCCUGUUCCCAGCCCUCUGCUGCAGUGUGUGACGCUCUCCUGUCCGCACGCCUGGCGCAGCAGCAAUGGGUGUGACUGCCAGCAAUGCGCUGGGGCUCCUCAGGGCGCCUGGGCAAUGCUGUCUGGGAUCGUCCCUUAGCGCUGUCUCUGCAGCUGGGGAGGCACGCUCGGCUGCUGAGGCUAGGACAAGGGGGCAGGUUUUGGUGUCCAUCUCUGACUCGGAGUUGUGAUGGCUGUAGCUUUGUCCAGCUCGUUCCCCCUGCGGGGGCCUGGCUCUGUGUGUGGCUGAUGUCCCAGGCAUGGGAUUAAGAAAGCGAAGGACCCAGCAGGAUUAGAGCGAGGAGGCUGCGCGUGAGCACUGAAGCAGCAGUGGGCGCCUUGGAACAUGUCCCACGAGAAGAGCUUCCUGGUGUCGGGCGAUGGCUUCCCCACUCCAAGCCCUGCCUUCCCUGGGCAGCAGCCUCCUGCCCCGCCAGCCUACGCACAGCCCCCCUUCCCGGCAGCACCCUAUCCACAGCCCCAGUUCCAGCCAGGACCCUACAACCAGCCGGGCUUUCCGCAGGGCCCGUACCCUCAAGGGCCUGGGCUGUACCCAUCAGCCCCGUAUCCUCAGGGGCCAUGUCCACCAGCAGGCGCGUAUCCUCAGGGGCCGUGUCCACCGGGGCCGUAUGUGCAGCCGCCGUACGCCCAGCCACAGCCCAUAGUCUCAGAGGACCAAGGCUCUCCACUGCACAGUAACUACCAUGAGGAGGGACCGCCCUCGUACUACGACAACCAGGACUUCCCCAUCGCCCACUGGGAUGACAAGAGCAUCCGCCAGGCCUUCAUCCGCAAGGUGUUCCUGGUGCUGACCCUCCAGCUGAGCGUGACCUUGGCCUUCGUGGCCAUCUUCACCUUUGUGAAGGGUGUGAAGGGCUUUGUGAGGCGCAACGUCUGGACGUACUAUGUCUCUUACGCCGUCUUCUUCAUCUCGCUGAUCGUGCUGAGCUGCUGUGGGGAGUUCUGCCGCAAGUACCCCUGGAACCUGGUGGCCCUGUCCAUCCUGACCGUUAGCCUCUCCUACAUGGUGGGGAUGAUCGCCAGCUUCUAUGAAACGGACGCCGUCGUCAUGGCUGUGGGCAUCACAGCCGCUGUCUGCUUCACCGUUGUCCUCUUCUCCUUGCAGACUAAGUACAACUUCACCUCGUGCCGGGGCAUGCUGAUCGUCUGCCUGAUGGUGCUGAUCAUCUUCUCCAUCCUGUGUAUCUUCAUCCGGAACCGCAUCAUGGACAUUGUCUAUGCCUCGCUGGGAGCCCUGCUCUUCACCUGUUUCCUAGCGGUGGACACUCAGAUGAUCCUGGGGAACAAUCAACUGUCCCUGAGCCCGGAGGACUACGUCUUCGCCACCCUCAACCUCUACAUGGAUAUUAUCAACAUCUUCCUCUACAUCCUGGCCAUCAUCGGCCGGGCCAAGGACUAGCGCACACCCGCUGCUGCGGAGAGUAGGGUAACCUCCUGUGCCAGCCCCACCUCACUGCGUGUCACUGCCCCCACCCCGGCCCUGCUCCCCCAUAGCCAUUUGCUGUGUUGUUUUCAUGGCAUCUCGUUGUUGGUUCUCGUGUUCUAGUUAUUUUGACCCAUGGUCACCUUACCAGUCCUUCAGGAAGGACAGUGGGGUUGGGAGCAGCUGAGCUGCACUGGGCUCAUGGUUUUGGAAGGACCUGCCCUGGGCCAUCAUGGGAUGAGGGACGCUCUCCAUCCUUUGGCUGCCCGUGCUGCGUGGGGGUGGGCACAUGGGGCAGGGUGGGGUGUAUAAAUAGCUUUGCUCUGCACCACGUCAGGAGCUGCUGUCUUGCUUCAGGGGAUGUCGCUGCCUGGCUGUGUCCCAAGCAUCUCCCCCACUCUGCCAGAGGCAGCUCUUUGGCUGCCGCUGCUCCUCUCGGCUGUCAGUAGCCAGUUGCGUCCCCAGCCUCCCACUGGUGAAUGGAUUGAAGCCCACUCUGGCCCCAGGCGCUACCCUCUAGCGGCAGGGCUGCCUCACACAGGCAGAUCAGGCCUUGGCAUUUUGUGAGACGACCAGAGAGAGCUUCAAAGCACCGGCUCUGUUAGCGCCUGGCCCCAGAGAUCGGACAGGCUGGGCAGUGCCUCCCAAGCAGUGCCCCUGCCGGGCCUGGCAGCACCUGCCUGUAUUAACUACAGUUAGUCAUGAAGAUUUUGAGACCCUGAACCGUUGUGGGGGGGAAGGGGCUAACUGGGGGGGGCUGAGUGCAGGCCGCUCCCCAGAGUGCCCUGGUGUGCAGUCCCCUUGAGGCUGCUUCCCAAGGCGCUGUGUGUGGCUGGCCUGAGGGUGAGCACAGGGCUCUGCCCAGUUCCCCUGCCACGAGCACCUGGUGUGGGCUGCGCCACGGCCCUGCCUUCCUUUUCCAUGCAGCCCAGCUCCCUCCUGCUCCAGGUGGCCAGAGGGCUGGGUCCCUGUCGUUCUGUAUGUCACUGGAUGCUGCUGUUAAUAAAGUUCUGUCUAGAUGUGAGACCUGCACCAGUCCAGACUCUCCUUUCCCUGUCCCAGCCCUCUCCUGGGGUGCCCCCUGCACGAGCAGCAUCUGCACUGCCAUGCACCCAGAGGCCUGGCUAAGCAAGCGGCACCAGGAGAGAGCUGGGUGAGGCUCACCCUGCUGGGCAGCCCAGAGACCGCUUUGCCAUCCCCUCUGCACACCAGUCCCUGGGGCCAGGGAGCUGCAUUCCUUGAGCUGUGUGGACCUCUCCCUCCCCUCCCCUCCCCUCUCCUCUCCCUCCCCACUUGGCAGCUAGACAUCGCAGGGAGCAAGGGGCUGGCUGAGGAGGCUCUUGCUCUAGAGCAGGGUUACUAGCCCUUGGGCUCCUGGCUCCCUCUCCUCAGGAGCAGGGCACUGUCAGGGCCAGGGGAGAGGACUUCAGCAGAGCAACAAGCACCUGUGUCUGCCCCACACACCUGGGGGUAUCACGGGGCAAGUGGGGGGCCUUCUGCACCAUUUGGGCUCCAUAGCACUACAUGGUGCAGCCAGCGGAGGCCAGCACAGAGGGAUCGAUCCCAGAGCCCCUCCCGCCCCCUGGAGCAAGGUAAGGCCCUGACAGACCCUGGGGCCAUGUAGGGACAGGGAUAUAAAUGCCGUCUCUGUCCUGGCAGCCCCUGUGCCCCAACCACACCUACAAUCUCCUGGUAGCACAGGCAGGCUGUGAGCACUGCUGAGCUGCCUGGACUCCAGUGGUAGGAGGUUCUGGGGUGUGGCGCUCGAGUGGGGUCCCUGCACUGCUGCAUGCUGCCUGGCUGUCCCUGUGCCCCGAGCUCAGAGCCACUCUGCACUCAUCUGUAUAAUAGGAUGUCCUAAUAAAGUGAGAAUGUACAAAG